AUGUCCCACGGAACACCUUCUCCAGAUAGAAACAGGCCAUUAGAUGACCGAAAGGUCACAGGUUACGAUCCCCUUAUCCCCCCUGCUUUACUCCGACAUGAUCUUCCCGUACCUACCGUGGCGAACAAGACCAUCUCAUCAGCUAGGAGAACAGCAGCCUCCAUCGUACAAGGUACUGACCCCUUAUCCCGAUUGUUGGUCGUAGUUGGACCAUGUAGUAUACAUGAUGUUGAUCAGGCUAAAGAGUACGCUUCGAGGUUGAGAAAAGGUGUGCAGGAAGGUAGAUGGCCUGGAUUGGAGGUCGUCAUGAGAGUCUACUUCGAGAAGCCAAGAACGACCGUAGGAUGGAAGGGUCUAAUCAAUGAUCCCGAUAUCAACAAUUCUUUCGCCAUCAACAAAGGUCUCAGAAUCGCUAGGCAGUUGUUAUGCGAUAUCAACGAGAUGGGUAUGCCUGUAGGAUGUGAAUUGCUUGAUACGAUUAGUCCCCAAUUCAUUGCCGAUUUGAUAACCUGGGGAGCCAUCGGUGCACGAACCACCGAAUCUCAAUUACAUCGAGAACUAGCAUCCGGUGCAUCUUUCCCUAUAGGUUUCAAGAAUGGUACGGAUGGUUCAGUCGGAGUCGCCAUCGACGCUAUGCAAUCCGCUUCUCACCCCCACAACUUCAUGGGUAUAAAUUCACAAGGUAUGGCCAGUAUCGUCAAGACCAGUGGGAAUGGAGAUUGUCAUGUGAUCUUGAGGGGAGGUACCCAUGGCCCCAACUAUGCCUCCGAACAUGUUCAGAAAGCUCUCUCGACUAUGAGAACCAAAAACCCCGGCGCCUUCGCUUCAAUCAUGGUAGAUUGUUCUCACGGUAACUCGUCGAAGAAUCACUUGAACCAACCUAAAGUGGCUGCGGACGUCGCUGGACAGAUCGCUGCUGGUGAGGAAGGUAUCACCGGUAUCAUGUUCGAAAGUAAUUUGAAGGGAGGUAAACAAAGCUCGGAUAAACCUAGAGAUCAAUUGGAGUACGGUGUAUCAAUCACUGAUGCCUGUGUUGAUUGGGAAAUGACAGUUGAUAUGCUCGAUAAUCUGAACAAGGCUUCACUCGCACGAAGAGCUAUUGUGGACGCUAAACAUGCUAAUGGGAACGGGGAAGUCCCAGCUGUCAAGAAGUUGAAGACUGAGGAGUAG